AUGCGGAAAGGAGCCGCGCCCGUGGCCGCAGAAACUCGGCCGACAUGCCGCGGGGCCGCCACCGCUGCCCGCAACCCCCCGACGCGCACCGGUUCCCGCGACGGCUGUAGACGACGCGCGGACGCGACGGCCGCCAAACCGACGGGGUCGCAGGUGCUCCACGCCCGUCGGGAGGUAAGCGGCGGCGCGGCGGCGGCAGUGGGCGUUGGUAGUUGCCCCCCGGCCGAGGCGGGGGCGGCGCGGCUGUGCGAGGAGGCCGCGGCCGGCGCUGCGGAGCAUCAAAACGGGGGGCGGGAGGAGCAGGAGGAGAAGGCGGUUAACGGCGUUGGCCCGGUGGAGCAGGCAACACAACAGCAAGAGGCAGCGGUGCCGCCGAAGUCGCCGUCCAGCGAUGCGGCGCGGCAAACCCGGCACUGCGGAGAGGGUGAGGCGGGUGGGCCGGCGGCGACGCCCCCCGCCGACCGCGUACGGGCGUUGGAGCAGCUCCUGCUGCACAUGUCUGCGCUAAACAGACAGUUAGAGUUAGAGCUUAUAGAGACGCGCCGGGAGCUGAUGAUGUACAAGCAACUCGCAUCGGAGGGGCCGCGCCACAGCGAGGGCCGGGAUGUGCCGCGGGAACGGCAACGCGUCAGUAGUGCCGGGCCGUCACCGAGGUCCGAUGCGGCGCGACGCCAAUUGUUGUUCCAGGGGCCACAGCAAAGGCAACAUCAGCAGCCGCCGCCGCGGCAAGACCAGCGGGGCGGCAUUUGCGGGUGGGAGACGACCGCGGCAAACGUGUGCCGGGGCUGCGAGGAGGCGGCGGCGGCCCGCUCAGGUGGUGAGGGACGCCCGUGCCGCGCAGACGACGACGAAGACGACGGCGACGACGGCGGCGGUCGCUCGCCGGGGAGGUUUCUUUCAACGCGGCCGCCCACAAACGGGGCGGCGCGGCGGGAGCACCACGCCGCCGGCAGGGCGGGUAGAAGUAGUCACGACCCCUACAUUGCCAGCCAAAAAUGGCACCCGGCGGCGGCGGCGGCUCCAACGCAUCGCCGAGGCGGUUCCAUGCGACGGCACCUCCGCCCCCGCGGAACUCCGCAGCUGCUUGACCGCUUCGACGCGGAGGAGGCGAUAGAAGUGCUGGAGUCGUUGAAGCGCUCACUCAUGUACCGCUGCAACCACUCGCACCGCCGACCGCCAACGGAGACUGCGCGGCCCGCCGCGGGGCCGCGGAAAGGCACGCGGUCUGUUCCUCCGCCCCUGCCCGCGUCCGCGUCGGCGUCGCCGCAGCGAAGGUGCAGCGCCGCAGCUGCUGGGGCGCGGCCUCGCAGCGCCUCGGCACGACAAGGGAGGAGUCAUGCCGUUGCAGCCGUGGGCGAUGCGGGGGCUGGCAACAGAGCCGCAGCACCGCCCGCCGCGACCCGUGGCCGUUCUGCCAGAGCGAAGCACUCCACGCCGGGUGCGGCCGCGGCCCUGCCCUUGCCCUCCUCCAGCAACGUCACAACUAUGAGGAAGGACACGUCACCGUCACACGCCCCGGCUACAGCAGCAGCAGUGGGCGGUGACUUGCAGCUGGAAGCGCUGCAGAGGCGUUACUGGGAGCAGUCAAGAGCUAUUUUAGAACAGCUGGACCAAAUGCUGCUAGAAGACUGA